AUGAUUAAAGUGAAAAAAUCAAAAUCUUCAACUUCAUCAAUAUCAUCACCAAAAUCUCUUAAUGAUAAAAAAAAUUCAAUAUCUUCAGUACAAGAAAUUCAAAUAACUCAAAAUAAUUUAUUACAAUCUCCCAAAAGAGUUAUUAAAGCUCUUUAUGAUUAUAAGCCACAAGGACCUGGAGAAUUAGAAUUUCAAAAAGGUGAUUUUUUCCAUGUUAUUGGUAAUGAAAAUGACCCUGAAUGGUAUGAAGCUUGUAAUCCAUCAAGAAAUUUAAGAGGGAUGGUUCCAGUACCAUAUUUUGAAGUUUUCGGUAAAACAAGACCAGUAUCAAAUCCAAAAUAUCAUCAACAAUCAUCAUUAAAUAAUUCACCAUCUUCCAAGAAAUUAUCAACAGAUUCAAGUAAUUUACCACAUUCAAGAUCUUCAUUAAGAUCUUCAUCAUCAUCAAAUACAUUAUAUGCCAUUGUAUUAUAUGAAUUUAAAGCUGAAAGAUCUGAUGAAUUAGAUGUAAAUAUUGGUGAAAAUAUCAUACUUUGUGCUCAUCAUGAUUAUGAAUGGUUCAUUGCUAAACCAAUAGAUAGAUUAGGUGGUCCUGGUUUAGUGCCAGUAAGUUAUGUAUCAAUUAUAAAUAUCUUGACGGGGAAUUCCACAGGGAAUGAUGUUAUUGAUGAUAUUAAUAUGGCAAAUUUACCAACUGUUGAUGAUUGGAAAAACAAAAAUGCUCGUUAUAAAGCUAGUAGUAUUCCAUUAGGUCAAGUUGAGGAACUUUCCCUAGGUGGAAAUGAUGAAUAUAGAUCAAAUAAUAAUGGGAAUGGAUCAAGAUCAAUAUCUGGUGCUACAACAAAUACAACAAUUCAUCAAAACCAUUCAAAUGGAAUGGGUGGUUCCAUAGGUGGUUCAACAACUGAAUUAACAAGAUCAAAUACAUAUAUUAAUUAUGGUGAUGCUGUAUUAGUUGAUGAAACAAAACCUUAUAUCGUUGAGGCACAAGUUGAUUCAUAUCAAAUUGAUAAUGGUCGUUAUUGGUUCCAUAUGGUUGCAAAAUUAAGUAAUGGUGAAAUUAGAUCACUUUGUAGAUAUUAUGAUGAUUUUUAUGAUUUCCAAAUUAAAUUAUUAGAAUAUUUUCCACAAGAAGCUGGUAGACAAGGAAAUGGAGGUCAAAGUGGUCAAGGAGGACAAAAAAGAAUAUUGCCAUUUAUUCCAGGUCCAUUAACUUAUGUUACUGAUAAAAUUACUAAAAAAAGACAAAUUGAUUUAAAUGAUUAUGUUCAAGAAUUAAUUUCACUACCCAAAUAUAUAUCACAAUCAAAUUGUGUUAAAAAAUUAUUUGAAUUUAAACAUCCUUAUGAUCAUACUUCACAAUCAAAUGAACAAGUUGAUGAUGAUUCAAGUUUUGUGGCACCACAGGGCCAUUAUGAUGAAGAAGAUCCAAAUAGUACAAUAGUUAAAGAAGAAUCUGUUAAAACAUUAAAUGCUCAUAAUAUCCCACCACCGACAACUACAAAAAAUCAAAUAAAAUUAAAAUUUUAUUAUAAAGAUGAUAUUUUUGCUUUAUUAAUUAAUGAAGAUUCAUUAUUAGAUGAAUUAAGAGAAAAAAUUAAAAAAAGAAUAUAUGAUGAUGAUCAAAUUGAUGCAAAUUUUAAAAUUUUUAUAAAAUCAAAUUCAAAUGAUGAAAAGGGUAAAGAAAUUUUAACAAAUGAUGAUGUUUCAUAUGUUUUACAAAAUAAAUUUAAAAUUUUAAUUGAUGAUGAAUAA